UAAGUUCACACUGUCCCCAAACAGAAACCCCCCAAAAUAAAUAGGGAGUUUUGGUUUCAGGGGUUUAGCUGAAACUAGAAUUCUUGAAACAACACCCGACCCGACUCGUUUUUCCAUUUCUCUGUGAAAAUGGUGGGCUUCCAUGUUCGGCGAAUUGCCCAUCGCCUGACUCGCUCUUCACUUCUUCUUCAUGAUUAUGCCUCGGCUCAUGAAUCAUUCCUGAAAGUGGGGUUUAGGAGUACUUACAGCACGGUGGCAAAGAAUCGAACUUGGGGUUUGUUUCCAUCCAGUUGUUCUAAUGCCACAUUAGCUUGCACCCCAGGGACAUCAUAUGGACCCUUGUCGAGAUAUCAAAUCUUGCCGGACCUGAGGCAUAAACAAUAUAGCACUACUACAGGGAAUGAGGAAAAGCAAACAAUAUCGGUAACAUUUGUUGACAAGGAUGGAGAAGAGAAGCAUAUCAAAGUCCCUGUUGGAAUGUCUUUGUUAGAAGCUGCACAUGAGAAUGACAUUGAGCUUGAAGGAGCAUGUGAAGGGUCACUUGCCUGUUCCACAUGUCAUGUGAUAGUUAUGGAUGUGGACAAAUACAACAUGCUGGAAGAUCCAACAGACGAAGAGAAUGACAUGUUGGAUCUUGCGUUUGGCCUCACAGAGACGUCUCGUCUAGGUUGUCAAGUAAUUGCAAAACCUGAACUUGAUGGAAUUCGGGUAGCUCUUCCUGCAGCCACGAGAAACUUUGCUGUUGAUGGCUUUAAACCGAAACCACAUUAGAGAAUCUCUAACAUGGAUAAAGGAUUACUCAUGGGUAUCUACCGAAAAUGAAAGCCAAUUUUGUAGGCCUCUUACAAGUGAGUGUAUAAUAAUACCUUUAGGGUGAAUAUGGCAUCACAUAUUAUGCUGGAAAUUGUGACCAAAGUCAGCUGUUGUUUAGGCAUUUAGUCAAAGAAAAUGAUUGAUUAUUUUAUUAAUAAUAUCCAAGGCUUAGCUACUCUUUUUGUCGAUGUAUCUUUUCACUAGGUUUUCAUUUUUGACUUUGGUUAAACAUUUGUACCAAAUCAACAUUAAAGUGUCUUAUUGUCAUUCAAGGAUGCUUCAAUCCACAA